AUGCUGCAGGACUUUAAGGUGGAGGAGAGGCUGAGGACUGAUGGAGGCUCCCUGCACGCGCUCAUAGCAGGGGAGUGUCCCCCGCAGGCCGUGUGUGAGGGCUGCGCGCGGACCAUCUCGGACCGCUUCCUGCUGCGGGUCAAUGGCGCGUCUUGGCACGAGGAGUGUCUGCAGUGCGCCGCGUGCCAGCAGCCGCUCACCGCCACCUGCUACUGCAAGGACACCAAACUGUACUGCAGGAGCGACUACCAACGGUUAUUUUCCACAAAGUGCAGCAGAUGUUUGGGAAAAAUUUCCCCUACAGAGUUUGUGAUGCGAGCUCUGGAAAGUGUUUACCACCUCAGAUGCUUCUGCUGCUGCGUCUGUGAGCGGCAGCUGUGCAAAGGAGACGAGUUUGUUCUGAAGAAGGGUCAGCUGCUGUGCAGGAGAGACUACGAGAGGGAAAAAGACCUGCUCAGCACAGUCAGCCCGGACGACUCAGACUCAGAUAGGAGUGAGGAUGAGGAUUUGGUUGUGAAAUCAGAAAAACUUUCAGCAGUGAAAAGCAGCGAUGACAGCAAGGAUCCCCGCCGGCCCAAACGACCACGCACCAUCCUCACCACCCAGCAGAGGAGAGCCUUCAAGGCUUCCUUUGAGGUCUCUUCAAAACCCUGCAGGAAGGUCAGAGAAACCUUGGCUGCAGAGACUGGGCUAAGUGUUCGUGUGGUCCAGGUCUGGUUUCAGAACCAGAGGGCAAAGAUGAAGAAGUUAGCUCGUAGACAGCAGCAGCAGGAGCAACACAACAGCCAAAGGCUCGGCCAAGAGGUGGUAUCUGGUUGUAUGGAGGGUCUGCUCACUUCCUACUCGGGGCCUCUUCCUCCAGGUCAGCAGCAGCUGGUGACCAUGGAGCACCACAGCUACAACCCUGACCCAUUCCAGCAGGGCCUCACACCGCCACAGAUGCCUGGAGACCACAUGAAUCCCUUCGGAAUGGAUUCCAUCUUCCCUGACAUGGACAGUGACACAUCUCAGACAAGUUUCAGCGACUGCUUCAUGUCCACUCCAGACUUGCUGCAGGCUCAGACAGGGAACCCCAUGGACAGCCUUUACUCCAUGCAGAGCUCCUACUUUGCUUCCUGA